GUGUGUGUGUGUGGAAAAGGCGUUCUGGAUUGAAGGAUGUGUCAUGGUUGCCGUGGAGCAGCGACACGGUUUCACUCAGUUUCAGGUGACAGUUCUCCUGAAGGCUGUCAGAAAUUGAGGCUGUUGACUGAAGACUGAGCGGCCGCAGAGAGGACAGACGAGUGCAUGAGGAGCGUAACUCUGCAGAGCCACACCGCCUGAAGCCAUCCUGCCAAAUCUGGAGACCAUGUCUGGAGCCUACGACGAGUCCGCCAGCCUGGAGGAGACCACGGAUAGUUUCUGGGAGGUUGGGAACUACAAACGUGCAGUGAAGCGGAUCGACGAUGGUCACCGGCUCUGCAAUGACCUGAUGAACUGCAUCCAGGAGCGUGCCAAAAUCGAGAAAGGCUACGCACAGCAACUGACCGAGUGGUCCAAGAGAUGGAGACAGCUGGUAGACAAAGGGCCUCAGUACGGCACAGUAGAGCGAGCUUGGUUUGGGAUGAUGACAGAGGCAGAGAAGGUGAGCGAGCUUCACCAGGAAGUGAAAAACAGCCUGAUCAAUGAGGACUUUGAGAAAGUGAAGAACUGGCAGAAAGACUUGUACCACAAACAGAUGAUGGGCGGAUUCAAGGAAACCAAAGAGGCGGACGAGGGCUUCAAGAAGGCCCAGAAACCCUGGGCCAAAAAGCUAAAAGAGCUCGAGGCUGCCAAGAAGUCCUACCACAUGGCCUGCAAAGAGGAGAAGCUGGCGUCCACCAGAGAGGCCAACAGUAAGGGAGAGGCCUCAGCGGCCGCUGACCAGCAGAAGAAACUCUCGGAGAAACUGGAAAAAUGCAAACAGGACUCACAGAAGGCCAAGGAGAAGUAUGAGAAGGCUCUGGAUGAGCUGAGUAAGUGCACUCCGCAGUACAUGGAGAACAUGGAGCUGGUGUUCGAUCAGUCCCAGCAGUUUGAGGAGAAGAGGCUCAGCUUCCUCAGGGAGGUGCUGUUGGACGUCAAGCGCCACCUCAACCUCACAGAAGACGAAAGCUAUGCCGCAGUGUACGAAGAACUUGAACGCACUAUCACAUCGUCCAGCCCGCAGGAAGAUCUGAAGUGGUUCAGCAACACUCACGGCCCCGGCAUGCAUAUGAACUGGCCACAGUUUGAGGAAUACAACCCCGACCUUACCCAUAACAUUUCAAAGAAAGAAAAGUUGAAGAAAAGCAGCGACGGCGUCAUGCUGACCCACGUCACAACAGCAGUCAACCACGCUCAAGCUGAAGACCAGGGGAGUGUGAGCAGCAACGAGAAGAACCAGGCGUAUAUGGCCUCCACAGAGUGGUCGGACGAGGAUCAGACCGCCCCAGACUCGGGCAACGACACCAACGGAGGAGCGAACCCCUUCGAGGAGGACGUGGUAAAAGGCGUGAGAGUGAGAGCGCUGUACGACUACGACGGACAAGAGCAGGACGAGCUCAGCUUCAGAGCAGGGGACGAGCUGAUUAAGCUUGAAGACGAGGACGAGCAGGGUUGGUGUAAAGGUCGCCUAGAGAGCGGCCAGCUGGGUCUUUACCCGGCCAAUUACGUGGAGCCGAUGUAGCUGCUGGAGGGCAAAACCCAGACUGAACCGUCCAGUCAUAACUGCACAUUGCCAGAGACUUGAGAGCAAAGCUUCCUUUUCACGUCGGGCGUAGAGAGCCGUCUUCAUCUCAUCACAGCGAAAGACUUUACUAAAUCAUCAUCCAGAUCAUGAAACUAAAUCAUCAUCCUGAUACUGCACCUGAAGCAAAAGUAUUUCAGUCUCUUUUCUGUGUAGCUGUGUUUGAUUUCAGAUGUGAUGCUAACAUGCUACACAGUGUGUUCUCUCAUCCUGACACUGACACAGUAUCGUCAGUCGUGCCUGGAUAGCCUGAGCUAUGCAUUGUGCAUUUCAUGUAUAUAUUUUAAUCUUCUUCUUUUUUUUUACAGCCUGGAUGCUUGUACAGUUUUUUCUCAUUGAAUACAGUGUUUUUUCCUCUCUGUGAAAUAUGUACACGUUUAAAAUUAAAGGAAUAGUUUUGGGGUAUUUACUUAUUUGCUUUCCUUCUGAGAAUUUGAUUGAUACUACUUUCAUGUUUGUGAAGUGAAGCUACAUCCAGGGCCAGAUUAGCUUAGCCUAGCAUAAAGACUAAAACAGCUAACCUUGCUUUGUUUGAAAGAAACCAAAAAUACCAACCACCUCCUCUAAAGCUCUAAAGUUAACUAUUGAAAAUGUACUCCAGAGAGUGUUAGGCUUGCAGUUUCAGCUGCUUUAACCUAUACAAAAUUGUGAAUAAUCGAUAAACAGCAGUUUAAGGAAUCAUUGCGUCUGGCCAAAAAAUAUAUUUAGCACAAACCCCUCCCCCAUUAAACCACAACUGGUCACUUUUUUGUACAAAUUAAACAAACGAAAAACACAAUUCUAUUUAGGAAGUUUCAAAAAAUGUCCCAAAUUGGGAUCAAUAAAGUACAUCUUAUCUUAUCUUAAAAACCAGUCUAGUCUAGCUGACUUCCUCAUGCUUAACGUCUUUAUGCCAUGCUAAGCUAACUAGCUAUGGCUUCACAUAUAGUGCACAAACAUGAAAGUAGUACUGAUCGUCUCAUCUUAUUCUCGGCUGAAUAAGCAGAAUAAGUAUAUUUAAAACUAUUCUUUUAAUACAUGUCGUUGUUUUCCUGCUGCUCUCCAUAGCAUGACACUGAAUUAGCAUUAUGGACCGAGAUAAUAGACAGCUCAUCAUCAGUAUAACAAACACACACAUUCACUGAUCAGAGCUUCUCUUUGAAAUGGAAAAAUGUCCCCUCCAUAACAGAGCAAGAGUUGUUUACACUUCCCUCCGCUGUCACUGAUACUGUUAGAACUAUUACAUUUCAUUCUGUGUGUCCUCCUGUUUUGUCUUGAUGCACAAAUGGACUCAUAAUAACCCCAUGCGCACUGAACAAACCUGCCUGGAAACAACUUCAUUUCACAUCCUAGGAUUUUAUUUAUUCAUCUCCAAUCGACUGCUGCAGCUAAUUGUUUACUAUGAGUGAGUGAGUGAUUUGGCAUUACCAGCUUCCAGCUCCUGUCUCUCUGAUUGUGUGCAUGCUGAUCCCACACACUGUUAACCGCUCUGGUCUGGACUGAUCCAGUGCAUGGCCUCAAUUUGUUUCCACCAAAUUAUUCACAGUGUCUUGAUGGAAUUAAAACCCUUAACAGAUGACAAUGAUGCCAUUGAUUUGCAUUGCAUAACAUAGUCGGACAUGAUUGGUCUAUUUCAGUGUGUACCAAAUGUACAUGUCUUUAUUGCUUAUUUUGUGUUAAUCAAAAAAAUCAAACUAAGAGUAUAAGUGCAUGUUGAUUGGUUCGUUGCUCCGGGUAACCACAGGUGUUGGUGUAAACUACACCGAUGUCGAUGAGUAAUGUUGGUGUAGUUUUACUGACGCAGACAGAAAAGGCUGCACAAUAGAGCAGAAAGAGGAUCUGUGUCUGAAAUAUUGAUGAGACAGUGGCCUUUUAUUGCUCUAACAGAGAAGUUCACUUUUAAAAGAUCCAGUAGGGAAAUGUCUCUUGUACUCUGUCUGUGCUUCUGUGUGCUUUUAAAAAAAAAUGUUGCUCUUUGUAAGCACUGGGGGGUGAAAUCAACAUUGCCUUAUCAAAAUCUACCACCCGACAACUGCAGAGACUCUCAACCAUCAUGUUAAACAAAGUGAACUCGCCUCGACUGAAUCUGACUGCUGUACUCCGGCUCAGUUUACACACCGACACAACACGCAGGACUUCUUCGUGAUGACUGAAGAUGAGUUUAAAGGUUUAAAAAAGUGUAUUUUCAAUGUAUGGGACUCUUGACAAGUGUACUGUAAAAGCUACAACUGCUGCAUCCACUGUGACACUCCUGUGAUACACUGAAUAACCGUAAAUCAUAUUUAAAAAAACA